AUGGUCUUCAUGAGCACUACUCCCAUAAGCGAUACCAACCAUUUGACAAACUUGGUAAUUGUCUUAUACAUCGCAUCGAUCGGUCCCAUCGCUACACCAAUCGCUUUAUUGAUUGGUUUGCCGGCACUUAUAUGCGGCGCUCGACUCUACUAUAACUCCACCAAUCGAUUGAGACAAACGAAAUUCUUCCUCUCAUGGAGUAUCUCAUCGUUGGUUAUCUUAAUACUUGUGUUCGAACUGGAAGUGGUUCCGUAUCUCGAGAUACUUAUCGCCGAAAACUUUGUCUUAAUAGCGUUGACCGCUUUGUCUGUGAUUCUGGUGAUGUUCAUCAGGAAGAAUGAGUUGGAACUGCAGACGCAGACACAGAAUUACGACCAAAUGAUUUACAACCACUGGAUUCGGUCGGCCGUCAGUCACAGGUUUUACACGGUUUACGUAUUGAGUCAAGUGUUGGCCUCAAUAGCACUCAUAUAUGGAUCUCAACUGACAUUAACCACGAUAUGUCACUCGCGGCUACUGUUGUGGACGGUUCUGAUUCCUGAAGACUGUUCCGAUGUCUACUUCGAUGGCGACAUUAAACUGUGUUUCGUGUCCGCCAUCUACUCACUCCUGAUUGCGGUGUGUAUUGUGUUUUGUCUCCUCAAACGACUGGCCCUCUCGUUAUUUAAGAGACAAAACACCGUUAAAUACAUUAAACUUAAUAACUAUUCAAAUGGCGGUUACAUCAGUUAAAUCGGUGUUCAUGUUAUGGAUGUAUGUUUUUAUUGUCAUUUUAUUUAUUGAAAUAUCCG